AUGCAGGCCGCCGAGUAUGCAUCCAAACGGGCCACGGCCACGAUGCACCCAUCCACAGGUGUCGACCCUACCAAGAACCACGGUACAUACUGGAAGACCGCCCUGCUGACUGAAGAGCGCGACUGGGAGAAAGUCCCUCCCCCUGCGCGUGAUACAUUCACCCUGUCUGACAUUCUCGGUCAGACAGACCCUCAUCUCGCCGUCGUCUCCCGCACCGGCCUCAUCGCCAUGUCUCUGCAGUACUACCAGCUGCCCGGUGAGACUGAAUGCCGCCAGCACUUCUUCUUCGAGCUGAACGAGAAUGUGCUCUUUGCCGACGAGGACGGCAACCGCACUGCCAUUCAUGGCUUCGCUAUGUGGAUGGCGCCCACUGCGGAUGGCAAGGCCGAGCUCACUGUGCGAUUUUGUUUCAAGAGUGAACCGUUCAUGGAUCCUCUUCUGAUCUUUGAGUUUGACGUCGAGAAUUCGAAGAAGGACCCGAAGGAGAACCUCAUUCUGAUCGAUUUCAUCAAUGAGACUGGUGGCAAGUUGUACGGAUACCGCGACGCUCUUCUCCAGUGGAUGAUGCGCCUCCACAACGCCCAGUUCCUCAGCUGGUCCUGCAUCGGCAUGGACUUCCUGGAAGCCAACUUCGCUGGCGACGGCGAAUACAUGGGUGAUCUCAAAUUCGACCUCAUCAUCCACAACAAGUUCAAGUCCGACCCCAACGAGCUUGGCGAUAACAUGAGGAGGAUCAUUGACGUCGAGAAGACGCCCAUCAAACGCGGUGUCUGGCUCGACGAGACAUUCACCCGCCCUCUCAACUACAAGCUUGCGAAACUGCCGUACGAGGGCCCCCCGGCUUGGGGUGAUGCCGUGAACAAUGCGUCUGUUGAUGAGUGGUUUGAAGAGAUUGAUGAUUGGUUUGCUACGGGGGAGUGA